GGUACCUCGGUACUUCUUAAUCUUCAACUUGAAUCUUCAAUGCGCAACAUAAAGUUAUGCUAUUCAACGGCUGCGACACCGAACCGGAGAGCAUAACAUGAUGCUGUAUACAUAACUCCCCCCAGCUGGAUUUCGAUAACCAAUAUCUUAAAUAGGAACUCAUUGGGAGUUCUACAAUACAUACAAAAGCUAAGAAAAGCUAAGAUGUCGCUUAUUUCGGACGAGGAAGACUUCCUCUCAGACAACCAAUCCGAUGCAUCAUCCUCCAGCGACGAAGAGGCCUUACCUCCACCCCCAUUACAGCAGAACUAUUUCGCGCCUCCAUUCUAUGGCCGACCUCCAACACCAUUGCCUCCGUCUCCGUCCUUAACAUCGCUACUCCGUCCAUCACGGCCUACCACUCCCGAUGCCUCAGACGACGACCUCGAGCCGGUGCCGCGUGCAUCCCCAAAGGUGCCCACGUACGAGUACUACGGCUUCGUCCUAUACCUCUUCUCGUCUCUGACUUUUCUCAUCUAUCUGCUAUGGGCAUAUCUGCCUUCUCCGUUCUUACAUGCCUUGGGCAUCUAUUACUAUCCUAAUCGGUGGUGGGCCCUAGCUAUUCCAUCGUUCCUAGUCAUGCUCAUAGUCUACAUCUACGUUGCGCUCGCGGCAUACAACACGGAGAUCCUUACCCUUCCUAUGACUUCGCUAGAGACUAUCGUCGAUGAGGCAGCUAAGAUCGCUACCAUUGAUCAGAAGGACAGGAUACGGCCGAACGAACCCAGGAAGCCCAUUACUGAGGAGAGAGCCAAGCAGCUCGACUGGAAGAAUAUUUGGAACGAAGGAACGGAUGCUGUCAUGGAUGUGCCGCUUGCUGGCGCAUGCGAGGUCAUAUACGGCGAUCUGACUGAUUCGGGGAGUGAACUAGAAUUUGAUGACAACUGAUUUGCAUGGCGUAGGUAGUGGUUUUAUGCUUUAUGGACAUUAAGCGAAUGAAAAAGAAAAUGCAGUACGGUUCUUCCAUCUGAGGACAGAAACAAGGCUAUCGGG